CACCACCUCUGUUGAAGAUCUGUCCGCCCGGAAGUUGAACUGCGUGUCCCCGGGACCCUAACCUCACUCACCAGCCAGCGAUCAUCGCGAGCCAGCCACCAUGGUGCUGGUCCUGAACGGAAUCAUACAGGACGAGCGUCCGAUCAACACCCAUGCGCUGUUCCUGGAACACCCGGUCUACCGUGAAACGGCCACACAGCUCCUGUCGAUUCCGACCAAAACGGUCGGAGCUCCCGGGUUGCUGUACGUUUGCCAGCGGGAAAUGGCGGCCGUAGCACCGCACGAUCGUAACGUGAACAUCAUCGGAUCGGACGACGCCACCACGUGCAUCAUCGUGGUCGUGCGGCACUCGGGAUCCGGAGCGAUAGCGUUAGCACAUCUCGACGGGAACGGCACCGACGAGGCCGUGUCGGCCAUGGUGGCCCGCGUCCAGGAGCUCGCGUUCGGUUAUCCGGAGGGCCGGAUCGAGCUGCAGCUGAUCGGUGGCUUCAGUGAUCCGCAGGGCUACGCCGAGGAUCUGUUCGGCGCCAUCAUGCAAUCGUUCCACAAGCAUCCACUCGAGAUCGAUCUAACGCAAUCGUGCGUCGGCGAGCUGAACACGAUCGCGCGCGACGAGGUCAACUGGCCCAUCAUCUACGGUGUCGGUGUGAACAUAAAAACGGGCGAAAUCUUUCCGGCCACAUUCCCGGACAAGGGCCCGGAUCUUUCGCUCCGAUUGGCCCGGCACUUCACCGGAAGCCACCAGGUGCUAGACGUGUACGACUCCGCAGUCGGUAUGCUGCGGAUUGGACCGUUCAACUAUGAUCCGUUGCGCGGCGUCGACCUGUGGCUGUCGCAAAGCGAUGAGUUUAUUUUGAAGCAUCUCUCCACCAGUCCGGGUGUGGAACCGCCACACUUUGCCAUGCAAGUCCGUGCCACGCUUAGAUACAUUCAAGAUAACCAAUUCCCGGCGGUGACCGUGUUCCGCAACAACAAUCCACACUACUUUCGGCGGGACGAAACCACGGGCUGCUGGUCGCCGGUGCGAUACUGAGUGCGGAUCCGAGAGACUGCUGACGGCUUCGCCAGUACCAUCCAGUUCGGCCACCCUUGAGUCUCUUUACUGUAUUUAACAAACGUGCCAACCUGUCGUUCUGCACGUCAUCAUUCGCGGCCCCUUCUUGUUAAGUGUUUGUUUUGUUCUUCUUUCCAACGUAGUGGAAACAUUUCUGUGCCUUUUUGCUCUACCAUUCACUCAGUCCCUUGACAUUACACUCUCUAUCUCUGACUCUCUCUCUCUCUCUAUAUAUGCUCCCUAACCUUUAAAGCUGUGGAAAUGGACAGACAAGACGAAUUGUUUUAGAACCAAUUCGCACACAAACGAUCCGACAAACUGAAUGCAGAUGGCCGUAUCCAUUUGCCAUUAUUUAACACCCGAAUAAAAGCAUUAAACU